AUGGGACGCCGGAAGAACAAGCGAAGGAUUUCCCGGCACAGGGGCGACGCCACGGCGUCGGCGCCGGCACCGACCAAUGCGGACUGGGAGGACGCGACCGCCGCCUUCCGCGAGGAGGCGGAGGCCGCCCUGCGCUCCCUGUCCAUCGGCGAAGACGACGGCGCCGCGGCGGAGCGCCUCGCCGCGCGCCACGGGGGCUCCCCACUCGCGCACCACGUCGUCGGCCACGCGCGCGCCGCGCUCGCGCGGGCAGGGGACGCGGUCGCGCCGCUCCGCCGCGCGGCGGGGCUCGCGCCGGGGUGCCCCGAGAUCGCCGCCGCCCUCGCCGCCGCGCUCCUCUACGCGCGCCGGCCCGGCGAGGCCCUUGCGGAGUGCGCGCGCGCGCUCGCCGUGGGCGCCCCCACCGACCCGGCCCUCCACGCCGUGUCCGGCCGCGGCCUCAUGGCCGCGACCCCGCAGUGCCGCGUCGCCGUCGCGCGGGAGCGGCUCCGCGGCGUGCGCGCCGACGCGGAGGCCCUAACGGGGGUCUCCCACCGCGCCACCGUCCCGCCGCCGCCGUCCCGCUCGCGCCGGAGCGCGUUGCCCGACACCGACGACGAGGUCUGGAGCUUCCUCACGGUGAGAGUGGAGGACUUGACGGCGCACUGCGCCAAGAUUGGGAGCUCCGCCGGUGCGCUCGCCGUCGCCGACGCUGUGGAGUUUGUGAAGGCCACCAACGCGUGGGUGUACUGGCUGUGCCCCGUCUGCGACGAGGUUUUCUUGGAUUCCAACUCGUUCCAAUCACACGUCGAGAGCGAGUACAUUCACCAGCUCCAGCAAUGGCUGCCAUUGACGCAGCCAUCGACCACCAUGAAACCAACCUCCAAGGAUUCCUCAUGGUGGAAGCCAAUUGGAGCACAAGAAGAAGAAGAAGAAAUAGCCAGGAUAAGGGAGGCAUUUUCGAUUGUUAAUGGAUCUGAAGUCUCCUAUCUUGGCUGUGUGGCAUUUUCGAUUCUUGAUGGACCUGAAAUCCCCUCUAUUGACCCUAUGGUAUUUUCAUCUCUUGAUGAACCUGAGGUCUCCUCUGUUGAACCUGUGAGCAACGAGGUCAAGUUUAAGAAAGGCAGGCGCCGCAGGCUCAAGAAGUGGGACGCCUGGUUGGAUCAUUGCCGGGAGAUUGAGAGAGACUGCCCAUCGUGGGAGGAGCUUCUUCUACCUCUCUGCAGAGAAAUGCCUGAAUUGUGGGAAUAUUUGGAAAGUUGUGUUGAAACAGAAGGGAAUGAGGAUAGUUUUCCAUUAAUUUCUCUUGUUCAAGGCAGUAGUGUUUUAUUUCUUGAUAGUCAGAAGAUCGCUCCAAUAAACAUGGAUGGUUCUUUUAAUGUGGAUGCACUGUUUAAUUGGCUGCUCCGUGGAAGUUCGCCGCAAAAGCCAGUGCCGUCAUGGACCAGCAUAAGGAAGAGGUGUGUUCAUGAUGGAAAUGAAGUCCUUAAAAGGAUUGGUGAGAUAUCAGAUUUAUUGCAGGAGCAAUUUGGUCUGAAAGACCAUUCAGACGGAACAAUGCAUGGUGAUUUCUUCACUACAAAGGUCAAUUCAAUUGAUGUUGAGAUCUCGCAUAUGUUUGCUGAAGUUAGCUUUUUACGGAAAAAACUUGUGAAAGUCUGUACAUUUGAUUACAGAAUAGUUAUUUUGCCUUUUAUAAAGGACUAUCUAUGGGCUAAGCUGAAUAAUGGCUCUCCUGGAAAAGAGUUGCAUGAUAUGGAUGAUAUAUAUGAGGAAUAUGUUGUCCAAGAGAAGAGUCAAGGCACUGAUUCAGAUUUGGAUCAUCAGAUUAGCAGGACAGAGGAAUUUGAAAAUUCCUCGCUGUCAUUUUCAGAUAGCUCAGACCUUUCUACCUUGGAAACUGAAAGCACUUCAUUCAACAGUGGGAUUGGUACCGUACAUCAAAUUACUACUGAUGAACUGUCCUUGAAUGUGACUCUCCGGGCAUUGUGGCAUUUGAGACGAAUCCACAUCUUCCGGCAGAUACCACAUACUCUUCAUCAUUUAUCAGUCAGAGACCACUGCGUUGUGUGUCUAUUAUGCGAAAUAUUCUAUGCUCGGGAUCACAAUGAAAACCACACAGCAGCCAUCCUUUUGGGUAAUGCGAGAACUGCUUUUAGUGACAUUUUAAAUGAUAGAAACUUUGACUACAAGGAAAAUAAGAACAUUGCAUCUGAAAUUAUAUCAAUAAUCAUUGAGAUACUACACAUGUCGCAAAAGCAUUAUUCUUUUGAAACUUUCGAGCCCGUUGAAAUAAGCCCAUCAAGAUGUUUUGGUUAUUGCGUACCACAUCAAGUCCUUGGUAUGUACUUCAAACAAAAGAAAUGCAACUGCGUGAACAAACCAGGUGGAGAAAAUGAUUUCAUUGCCAUUUUUCACACUGUUGAUGUGGGUGCAGUUCAAAAAACUGAGAUGAAGUCUUUUGGUGAUAUCCUGAAAGCUGCAGAACUUGAUGUGGAGAGCUGCCGAUGUGGAAACAAGACUGAGGGUUCUCUUUUAUUUCCACCUCAUAUUUUCACUAUUGUUUUUAGCUGGCCAACUGAGAAGGAAAACUACGUGGACAUGUCUGAAGUACUGAUAAACAUUGCAGCUCCAUUAGAUAUUAUACAUACUGUUUACGAAGUGGAUAUCAAAAGGAUGUACAGUUUGAUUACAGUGGUAUGUUGUGUCGAUGACGAACAUGUCUGCUUUGCUCGUGGAGAGGGAAAAUGGAUCAUAUACGAAAGCCAGACAGUCGAGGUUGCGGAUUGCUGGGAAAGUUUGCUCCAACGUUAUCACGGAAGAAUCCUCCGGCCCCAAAUCCUUUUCUUCGAGAUGUUGGCGUGAAAACAUUGGCAAAUUAAGGUCGUGACUGGAAAUCGGUGCCAAUGGCCAGCUCUCAGAAAGGAAUGGAUUGGUCGGAUCAUGCCAUCAUGUCCAGAUCUGGGCUGUUGAGAGUGCAUCAAGAUUCGUGUUAGGCAUUACAGGAACAUCCUACUGUAUGAGCUGUGGAUAAUUAUAGUUUUUGAUUUUGUGGAGUAAUAAUAAUAUAUAUAUUUCACAAAGCUGCCGGGCCGCGCUGCGAACCCAUUUUGGAAGUUGAACUUUUUAAUGUUUGAUUUAAAAAAAUGCAUGCUUAUAGAUACUCUUAGCUUACAUUAUAUUAUACUUUCUUUCCUACAA